CCGUUACUGAAGCCUAUGUGCGAUGAGAAACCUACAAAAGCCAAGUGGGACAGUGUGCGCCUCUCCCAGAUCUCCGUACCGACGAAAGCUUGGAACGGACAAUCAUCAACAGCAGAAAUGGAUAUAAUGGUCGCGUUGCUGUGUGCCUUCCUUUCUGCCGGCGCAUUCGCUGACAGCAAAGUGGACGAGUCGAACGGGUACAUCGAAAAACUUCUCUCCACGGCAUUUCCUCACUAUGGCGGAGUCCUUGGCUAUUCAUACCUGGACGGCUUCGCGAUUCAGAUCAAGAUGAAAAGCAACAUCAAACAUGGAUACACAAGCUCAGCGACACGCAAUCCACCGCGUCCCGACAUUACACGUGACGACGAUUCUGCAAAGCCUGAACUUAGACACCCUGACCACUCGCGUCCGGACUACGCUCAACCUCACUUUCAAGGUCGCCGCCCUGGAUACGAAAACAUUCCAAUACAUGAACAGUUCCCACGCGAACCGUAUGACUUCCAUGUUAGAGACGAAGACUCUUACCUUCCCCACCCGGCUCCACCGACCAACGGGUCCUUUUGGUACCAGCUUCCAACCCCGACCCCUGGGCCUGGAACGUACCCGCACGAUUUUCGCCCCAGGCGUGGCGUCGUGUCCAGGUCUGCUGGCGGCCUUUCAGGCAAAGAGAUCAGGCUCCACCUGAAAGAAGGCUGGCUAAGCGGUCUUGACGGAAUGAAAAGACUUGGAGACUGUUCAUGGCCCACGUAUCAGCUUGGUCACGUCAUCCUGUCCUGCUACGUCUACUUUGAAGGAUUUAAGGCAAGCUACCAGGGAUCCGUGAAGGGUGAGAGCCUAUCGGACAGCUCAGACGAGAAAAAGAUAAAUGUCACUGGAACUCUGAAGAAUGCGAGAGCAUUCAUCGAGAUUACAGCUAUCCCCGACGGAACACGACUGGUCAGCGCAUGGGCUGUACUGCCGUACCACCUGAAAAUUAGUUUCUCCAGGACAAUAGACGCGAGCUCUCAGCAGAGGAAAGGGCUUCAGCAUGAAGUUGAGAAAGAAAUGAAAGCAGACGUGAAUGAUUUUCUUUAUGGUCCUCUGAAGCGUGGGCUCAACAAAGCCGUAAAAAUAGAUCCGUUGCCCGCGCCCUGAAACUCCGUGCUCGUCCAUAAACUCCACGUCAUGCCGGUUUCACAGUUAGGGUUCGAUUCGAGUUAAAGGGAUUACGACAGGGAUAUGUAUGUGAUGUGCGUGGUUCAAUACAGUAGCGUGCUGAGUACAAGGAGAAAAUCAUUACCAUUGAGUAAUCAUCACCAUCGCCAUCAAUCAAUCAUCUUCUAUUACCCAGGUCACACGGGCACUCCUCAGUGAUCAUUGAAGCCAAUGGCCACGGGACUGGAUUGUAUUGAACAUGCACCUAGCGCCGCCCAGCGUGUAACCUAUCAACCAGUCAUGGGACAUAGGAUCCAUUUUUCGCUGACAGGUUGAUACGUCUCACGAUUGGUGGCGCUGUGCGCAUGUUCAGUGGCUGUUUAUACUGAUCGACUGCCCGCGUAGUACGGGUAUAAGCUUCCGCAAGCCAAACAACAAAUACUCUAUUUUAAUGAAGCUGACUGGGUAGCUUCGUCGCCAGGGGCGAUGUAUACUUAGGGUUCUUCGUUUUCGUGUUUUAUGACUUUUCAAAUUCGGGAGGGAAAAAUCUGGUAGUAUUUACACACGAGAAUUCGGGGAGAAAUCGGGCGCUACGCUCUCUGUUUGAUAUGUUAUCGGGGAAUUUUCGGGUGAAAUGAAAUGCAUACGAAACACGCCACUGCUGUGACACUGGGACGAGAAACAAUAAUCUUUAUAUUUCCACUCAGAGCUGGGCCAGUGAAUGACCGCAGUAUUGAAACACUUGUCCUAUCUCUACAAGAGCUCGUCUUUGGCUCUUGCAGGAGUAAAUCAUAAAAGCAGGACAAACAGCUAGGUUGUCACAAAUAGCUCUCUUGGCUGAUAUUAUGAUUCACUUUUCCGACGGCUUACCUAGAACAACAAGUUGAAGGCCCGCGAGGAUUUCGAUUAGAUACCGGUUUUACCCGAAUUCUUGAAAAUUUGUUCAGGGGGAAACUGUCGUGAAAAAUCUACGGUAGAAUCUCUAUCCCAUCGCUGGUGGUAAUAUGGCGAAAUAGAAUAAUGACUCGACUCACAGUGAGAACCGAAGUCUUACGGUGUCAACAAGUUUAGAAGUUAUUGUAGUGCACAUCGUUGGCGGACUGGAUUUGGCCAUGGACGUUGCAAUUUCGACACAGUGAGAGGGAUAGAGUCCAGCUGGUUGAGUGAUUUUAAAGAUGUCUGCACUCAGCUUCCAGCUUCGCCGGAAGAAUAAAACCAUCUAAAAUACUGCUGCUUGCUCACUGUUGACGGAGCCGCUACAAGACUGCAGGGGGGAUGAUGCAUCAGAGAGCGACGUGAAAGCUCUUUGAGGAUAUUCCAUAGUGAUAACAUGUAACCCCAACUCAUCUCUCUCGUAAUAAACGUACCCCCUCCAAUUCACGAGGGACAACGGUUAACAGGUUUUAUAGCCAUGAACACCGGGACCGAUUCGUACGAGAUAACAAAUCUCGCAGCCUGUCUGAUCAGGGCUAUGAAAGCGUAGCACCUUGGCACAGGUAACGCCUCCAACGGUCGCCAUGACCUCCAGUACACGUAAUGCAGACAAGACGAUGGUGCCCCAGAAACAUCAUUGUAUUAUUGACUAAUUAGAUAAGUCAUAGAAUUAGUGAGUCUGUUGCGCCCUCGGUGGCAAGGAUCCAAAAAAGGACGAUGAAUAAACGAGCGUGCCUCAGUUUCAUUCCUGGCAGCAGCUCAGCACGGA